AUGGCCUCCCCAAGCCUGGCGAGCAUUGGCGCGGAGAUCUUGCAAGGCGAAAUCAACAACAUCAUCCACGACAUCCUUAUCGAUCGUCACAGAGACCACAAGCUCAUGGUGAUGAACCUCGACCCAACCACGAAACUAGCCCACUGCGAACGCUGCAACCUUCCACGUCUCCUCGACCCGCCACUCGCCCCUCAAGUACGAGGAGCUACCUCAGACCCACCGAGCGACACAGUCUACUGCGACAAGAAGCCAUGGUGCCGAAAACCGGGCUUCGACAUCUACGGCAACCCGUUUCUCAAAGCUGAUCUUACGGGACGGCCGCCGAACAAGAAAGAGCGGGAGGCAGCAAAGAACAACAAGAAAGACGGCGGGGACGGCACACCGGCUUCGAACGAGGGAGGCGAUGCGAACGGCACGGGACCUCCAUCACCAUCGGUGGAAGAAGGCGCGAACGCCAAGGCUGACAAGGUCGAGAAGGGUGAGAAGAAGGCGUCGAAGAUUGACGAGAAGCUAAAGAAGGGCGAGUAUAUCCCGUGGCAGACAUGUCCGAAUUGCAAGCGCAGUCUGCUUAUCACGCGGUUUGCGAAGCAUUUGGAGCAGUGUAUGGGUUUGUCUGGUCGAGCGGCUAGUAGGAAUGCUAUGGCCAAGAUGAACGGCAACACUCCGGCUGGGUCUCGUGGUGGCACGCCGGGGCCCACAGGCAGUCAAGGGGACUCCAAAGGUGGUGAUGAGGAUGACGACGAAGAUGAGAAGAUCAAGGGGCCGGGUGGGGUGAGGAAAAAGGUGCUGAAGAAGGGUCUGAACUCGAAGCUCAAGAAGGCAGAGAAGGAGGGCAAAGCCAAUAGCAAGGCUACGAAGCCAUCUCCGGGUAUUGCGGGUGAGAAUGGAAAGCGAGACAGGGACGAGAUGUCGAUCGACGACCCUGACGAGGACGAGAACGUGCACGUGAAGAAGCGGCAAAAGCUACAGCGUGUCGAGAGCACGGCGAGCUUUGCGUCGCAGUCUUCGGUGCAGCCCGGCUGUGCGGUUGAGAUGGAAAGGGCUGAGAGCAAUGAUGGGGAUGGUGACGGAAGCUUUGUGGAUGACGCUGGGAGCUUUGCAGAUGAUUGA